AAGUUGACACUGGUGAUAUUUAACAAAUGGAAGCCCCUUGUUGAAAAGGAUAUUUUGCUAUCACUUCGCUUUUGAUAGUAUCCUUAAAUGAAAAAUUCAAUUUUUCAUUUAAGGAAACCAUCAGAUUUUCUCGCACACUAUAGUGAAAAUGUAUAUUAAUGACAAAAUGAGAGACGAAUAUGGCACAAGGAGCUCCUACAGCACAUCAGUGGCUAUUGGAAACGUCAAGAACCACAAAGUUACAAGAAAAAGAAGUAAACAGGAUAACAGUCAUCCAAAUGACAUUAAAAGUGCACCUGCUACAAUAAGAAAAUAUCGACGUUCAUGUGACACUACUCAAAUUGAGAAGACCUUCUCUACAGAUAGUCUGUUGUCGUGCGUUUCAGAUUUAGGCCCUGUAUGGCACGAAAAGGAUAUUUCAGAUACAAUCAGCCUUCGCCAGUAUUUUACAGUGCACCAUGACAAUGAUAAUGCAGCUGUUUCGUCGCUAUCCGCCGACAAAGCAUCAUUGAAAAGUGACGAGAAAGACAGUAGAUAUCUAGGUUCUUUAGAAAGUCGACAUCCCUGCGAUGAUCAAAAUCGCGAUGACAAGCGUUACAGCACUUACUCAUUCUUGCAGGUACUCACUAUACUUGGCUUGCAAAACUGUUGUGUGGACGAUAUUUCUCGUCUUCCACGCGACUUGAGACAUCACAGAGAUGACGAAGACUGGAUAAUGAUAUUCCUAGAAAAGAAUUUUUACGCUAUACAAGACGAAAAUUUUAGACAAAAUCUCAGCGAAGAUCUUUUGGAUAAGAUUGGAUUUGUACGGGGCAGCAACGCAGUGUUAACAAUAUUAGCAAGAUCAAAGACAUUCUUACCAAAACACCUCGACGCAAUAGAUACUGUAAAGCGCUUUGUGGUAGACGAACUUAGAUACAGUCCUGAUUUUUCGAACAAGGAAGACUGCCAGAAAGUGCGUCAGAAACAGAAAGAACCAAAGGAAACCUUUGCCGUUGACAGCGCAAUUACCCUUGAAGGGAAUAUUUUGGAGAAAAUUGUUCACUCAAAACAAGUUAAGGUCAAAAUAGAAGAACUAAGCCAAGACAAUCAAACUGAAGUGUGGUUUCAUGGAACAGAUAGCCAAAGCGCCUUUGAUAUUUCAUGGAGAGGAAUCAUUGUAAGUUCGGGUUCUCCGAAACGAGAUUUCAGCGACGGAAAGGGCUUCUAUCUCACCAAUAAUUUUGAAGAUGCCAAAAAGUGGGCAUUCAGCAUAACGCGAAAGCCUGCCGUCUUAAUUUUUAAGAUUCCAAAAUCAUGCCUUGAAACAGCCAAAAAGUUGAAUUUGUUUAAAAAGUCGCAAAAGAACCCAACAUGGCAAGAGAUAGUAAAUGCGAAUCGAUCGGGGAUUCUAAGCUGGAAGAUGAGAACAACGUUGGAAGAAUACGACUAUAUCGAAGGCCCAGUUUCUGUUGCAACCGAAAGUAACAGUGUCCAGGACGUAGACUCUGGAGCACCGACGAUGACUCUUCGAAAAGCGCGGCCCCAGUCACACCAAAUUUGCAUCAUCAACGAAGAUUUUGCAGAUGCAAUCGACGAAUAUAUAUCAAAUGUUGUUUUGUACAACGUUCUGCGGGAGCAAGAUCUUUCUCAAGCCAAGACCAACUAAAGAGAUGUUAUACAGUUGACAAAGGAAAAAAAGAGACUGCAUUACACAAAUGAAUAAAUGAAAUGAAGUAUAUUUAGCAAGAGUAGAGUGAUACACUAGUGCUGAUAAUAACAUUCGUUAUAUUACACCCGUCUCUGGCCAACUAGUCGCAACUGCCGCCCUGUAUUCGCUUUGGCACAGGAGGCAAUGUUUACACUUACUCUUUUUACUGAAUAAUAGCUAGGCUGCGAGUAAAACAAGUUUCAAGCUGUGCGACGCGAAUUAAACUUUCCAUCCUUAGUACUGUUCGUUCGAAAAAAGAAAACCUGCAGAUUGAACACAAGACACAAAGAACGAGAACUUUGGAACACUAAUAAAUUACCUUAAGUGUCUGCACAAAAUUCCAGAAGGACAAUAAUAAUAAUCACGCUUGCAAAGGUAUUUUUGUUAACUUAGUUAAAGUUAAAGAAAUAAAAAUUUCACGAUCAUCUAUCAACUUCGAUUUUUUUUAAUUUCCUGGAUGUUCAAGUGUGUCGAUCGACCC